AUGCACGCAAAGGAGAUCGCCAUGCUCGCUUUUGAGAUGCUGGACACGGUGGCGAAGUAUAAGAUUAAGCACCUGCCAAAGACGAAACUUCGCCUGCGAAUUGGCCUGCACAGUGGACCGGUUUCCGCGGGCGUGGUCGGCCUGAAGAUGCCCAAGUACCUGGUCUUUGGGGAGACGGUCAGUACGGCGCAGAAGAUGGAGGCGAGUGGCGAGCCGAUGCGGAUUCACGUCUCAAAGACGUGCAAAGAGGUUCUGGACAGCUUUGGAAUGUUUCAGUUCAGUGAACGUAGUGGCGAGGGAGUUGAUGUUGGGGGCAAAGUUUCCAUUAAAACCUACUGGCUGGAGGCGUUGGUCGAGGCAAAGCCUCAACAACAGCAACAGCUGCUACGUCGGAAGUAA